AUGCAAUCUAGCAGCAGCCUGGAUGUCUCCAUCAAUCAAGGAUUCGAACUAAACAAGACUAUGAGCAACUCAUCACAAUCGGUAUUGGAGAAGAACCGGCCAACACUGUUACCGUCCGCGAUGCCAGACAAUGUACGCAAUGGAUCUCCCAUAAAAAAGAUGACUCUAGGACUGCGAAGGCCUUCUGAGAGCGACGAUGAUACAAAGAGAUCAUUCCUACCUGCCAUGGCCUCAAAGCGGACAUCACGGGCUUUGCAAACUGCCCAGGGCCCUAGUGUACCAUCAGGCUCGACAAGUCGGAUCGCUGGAAAGGUUCGCAAGAACUCUAUAAGUGAAGCUGCCGCUGAGAUCAAGGAGGGUAGCUGGUUGAAGUCCUCAAAGAAGACCAAAGCUGAGAAGGAAGCCCCCAAACCUCCGAAACGAUGGAACUUCUUCCAAAGGGCCCAUGCCGGACCUCGCACGGCGACACCAGCGGCUCCUGCUGUCAGUCCCGUGAAUCAAGCGACUGCUUCCCGCUCCGUUGCGCAUUACGCAUUGAUGGACCAGUCUGGUCUUGAGCUAGACGACAUCGAACAGCUAAUGCAGGAGGUUGACGAGGGAACCGAGAGCGCCCUCUCUGACGAUGAACCAGGAAGAAGAGAGCGAAUGCAGUCUAUGCUGCUUCCGCCCAAAGCAGUGAUGCCGUCCAACUCUGCAGCAGCUGUACGCUCGGCUUCGCCUAAGGUCUUUCUGCGCUCAGAAGCACAACCACAGCCGGAACAUCAACAAAGUAAACUAGGUAUUGAUACAAGUUUCCGAGCGUUAUCCCGAAAUUCGGAACGUUACUCGCUGGCAGAUUUGACUCCGGUCACGGAUCUCUCUCGACCCUCAUCACCCUUUGGUGAGCCAUCGCCAGUUCGUGACGAAGAUCCUGCGCCACCUCUCGAAGCAGUAGCUCCCUCGCAGCCUGAGCCUGAGUUCGCUCCCGAGGUACCUGCUCAAGAUGAGUUCGUACUUCCUCAGGAUCUCCCAUCACCUGGUCCACCGCCUAUGAGCCCACCGCCUCGCCCAAGUCGCUUGGCUCAGGUUGGGCGUAUUCCUCAGGUCGUCUCAAGUCGUCGUCAGCCACACCAGCCGUCUUCACAGUCAUUCUCUCGACCCUUUGUAUCGAAUCAACCUCGUCCGGCAGCUCCUCCCCGGACAUCUUUUGACUCAAUUGGUUCCGUUGUUGCCUCUGCCGGUCCAGUAGAGCCAUACCCUAUUCUGCAUGGCUUGAACGCCCUCAAUCAUGGGUCGGCUAUAGCUACGAUCAGUCCUAUGGAGGACGAAGCCAACCGUCGAAGCGAAUUCUUCAAGUUUCCACCUCGCAAAGACUCUGAAGUAUCAUACUCGAGUAGCUCAGGCAUAUGGAGCUUCGCCCCCGCUAUUGGUACCGCUGUCGUGCCAAGUCCCAGCGCCCCGUUGUCAGAAGAUGAACUUUGGAACGAGUAUGACGAUUUGAUCGACGAAGUGCUCUCGCCUGUCACCUCUCGCACGAAUGAAGACAAAAAUAGCCUUCGCAGCCACCCGUCGCUCGAACCAAUGCCCCUGCGACCUAAGGCACCGCGUAACGUUUCAGCAUCAGACAACGACGAUGAGGUUACGAACCCCUCACUUCAUCUUCGUCGCUCUCGCCUACUGGCUGUUCUGCAUUCCACGCAGUCUCCUACUUCGUCGAUCUCUUUCUCAGAAUUCAUCUCAGACUACGGCGAACGGAAGAUCAGUGUCAUUGACCCUGUUACCGGGAGGUUGAGUUUGCCUUCCAGUCCUCAGCUAUCGACUGGUACUGCUACAAAACGUUCGACUCGCUCCAGUUUACCAGCUUCGUUGUCGCAGAGCGCCCGACAAUCCAAAGUCACUAUUGCGUCGAAGUCGAGCAAAGAUCGUGAAAGUAUCGCAACAAACCGAUACAGAGACACGCGCCUAAUGGAUAUUGCCGAACGUCAAAAUGAUGGACUCUUGUCUAUGGCCAAUCUUCGUUUCGGUGCCCUCAUGACGAGCAAGUGGCUCUCAUUUGGUCGUGUCCUAUUCAGCCCCGUACACUUCGAGUUGAAAGACCCGAACGAGGAUCGCGUACUUGUCAUUGAUGGUCUUGGCAAGGACUGGUCGUACUAUUGCGCUCUCACUUACCCUGAGGCGACUGUGUAUGACAUGGGCCCUGAUCCAUCAACAAGUACGUCAUCCGAGGGUGCGUCUGAACCAUGGUCAACAUUGAACAACCACCGCCACAUCUGUCACCCCUCUCUCGGCAAAGCGUUCCCGUUCCCCAUGCACUUCUUCGCUUGCGUCGUGCUUCGCUUCCCAACUGCACUUCCUUCGUCAGAGCACCGCUUCAUCUUGUCUGAGGCCAAGCGCGUCCUGAGACCCGGCGGCUACCUUGAAUUUAGUGUUCUUGACAUGGACUUGGUCAAUAUGGGCAACCGUGCCCGUCGCGCUGUCCGCGGUUUGAAGAUGAGAAUGCAAGUAGCGGACGACAGCAUAUCGCUUCGAAACAUCAGUGACGAGGUCAUGGCCGGUAUUGGACGCAAAGGCUUUGUCGACUGUAAUCGCUGUGUUGUUGGCGUUCCAGUUGCCGGCAAACUCCCCAGCCUCGACGACGUCAAGCGUACAACUACGAAGAGGAAGGGCAGCACAGCAAGCUCUGCCAGCAACACAAACAAGACUAUGCCUCUGCCCAAAGGACCAAAACCGGAAUUGUCCUUCUCUGACCUUCUCAAUGCCUCUGCGUCCUCCGAUUCGACCGACAACGGCAUCACCGACAUGGUGGCGCGCGUAGGUCGUUGGUGGUACUCACGCUGCUAUGAGUCGCUUGUCCUCCCUGAGGCUGGCGAACCUGGUGCCGCUGCUUCCGGUAACCUCCUUGAGACUAGUAUCUGGCGCGAUGAAAGCCUCAUCAACGAGUGCGAAAAGCGCGGAACGAGCUUCAAACUCCUCAUUGGCUACGCGAAGAAGCCUGAGGUUGGUGUUCGACGAACCGUCAGCGUCUAA